AUGAAGAGGUUCGGGUCGCAGACCAGUACCUAUAACAGGCUGGUGACCGUCUUCGUGGCCAUUGGGUCUAUGACUUAUGGCUACUGUGCUUCGAUUAUCGGCAGCACUAUCGGUCAGCCGGGAUGGUAUACUUACUUCAAUCUUCCUGCGGAAGGUGAAGCUGGCUAUGCUUCAAUUACUACGCCUGCCAUCUCGACGGCCAAUGGUGUGUUCAGUGGUGGCGGGGCAGUUGGUACACUUUUUAUGAUGUGGUCGUGCGACUAUUUUGGCAGAAAGGCAAACAUUCAGUUGGGCGCCUUCUUCGCGAUGUUUGGAGGAGCCCUUCAGGCGGGUUCAAACUCUCUAGAAAUGUUCCAAGCCGGCCGGUUCAUCUGCGGUCUUGGAAUCGGUAUCCUUGUAACUGUCUGCCCAAUGUACCUCUCCGAGAUGUCGAGCGCAUUGCGUCGAGGCUGGUUGGUUGGCCAUCAUGCCAUCUUCCUCGUAUUCGGAUACAUGCUUUCUGGGUGGGUGGGCUUUGCCUGCUACUAUGCCGAGGCCACCAUCCCGGCAUUUGGCUGGCGAUUUCCUCUGGCUCUUCAGUGUCUCCCACCGUUGGUUCUGCUUGCUGGCUCUCCAUGGCUUCCCCGCUCCCCUCGUUGGUUGAUCUCUAAAGGCAAACUUGAUGAGGCUAAACUUGUUCUGGAGCGUCUCCGCCAGUCUCCCGAUGACCCCAACAACCUUGCCGCCAAGGAAGAGUUUUUUCAGACCAAGGAACAGAUUCAACUCGAGGCUCAAAAGAUGGCGCAGUACGGCAAUCCAUGGAUGGCAGUUAUCAAGAAGAAGUCAUAUCGCAAGCGCAUGGUCAUUGGCUUCCUUACCCAGUGGGGUGCUGAGUUUGGCGGACCUCUUAUCAUUAAUAACUAUGCCGUUCUUCUGUACACAAACCUUGGCAUGACAGGCGGCAUGCCUUUGCUGUUGAGUGCUGUUUGGCUGACGACAGCUGGUCUGAUAUAUAACCCUCUUGGUGCCUGGUUGCAUGACCGAGUAAACUCUCGGCGUGGCAUGUACAUUACUGGCUUUAUCGGCAUCAUUAUAACAACCUCGUGCCUUGCUGCCAUGACCGCUGAGUACGCCGGCACAACCAACAAAGUUGGGAACGGAUUUGGUAUUCUGUUUAUAUACCUUUACUUGGCUUUCCAAGGUACUUGCUGUGACACAACUAUGUACCUUUACGUGUCAGAAAUCUUCCCGACUGAAAUUCGUCCGAUCGGCAUGGGCUUCUCGCUGUUCGGCCAGUUUGCCGCCACACUGAUUCUCCUCGAGACGGCACCUAUGGGCUUCAACAACGCUGGCUGGAAAUACUACCUUGUCAUCAUCUGCUGGUCAGCCUUCUUCAUUCCGAUCAUCUAUUUCUUUUUCCCCGAGACUGCUCGCUUGACCUUGGAGGAAAUCGCCCAGAAGUUUGGCGAAGAAGUCGCCGUUCAUCUCACCGAUGCUACCGAUGAAGAGAAAGCGCAGCUUGACGAGAAGCUUGUUCAUUCUGGUGGCGCCGUGCUUCAAGCAUCGGAGACUCCAGGCUCUCUCACUGACGGGGAGAAGAAUGCAGCUCCUCUCCCGCCAUCCGAUGCCGAAAGCAACGACCAGAAGGAUAAUUGA